AUGAGGCUAUCGUUGAUAUUGAGAAAUUUGAAAAAUGUUACGGAAGAAAGAUUGCCAAAGAAGAAACCGUAUUGGUUGACGAAAUCCAAUCUGGAAAUUCCGAAGAAAUCUCGUGCUAUCGUUGAUGUUAUUCAAACAAAGAAAGCUCGCCUGAACGAACCGGGCUUUCUAAAGCGAAUGAUUCUCGCGCGUAAUCAUGAAAAACGAAAUGAGUUUUUAGAGAAAGAUUUUUUCGAGCAAGGACCCGAUGUAUAUGCUGCAUCUCGAACGAUUGAAUACAAUGGACGAUUUCGUAUCGAUGGUCGGCCGAAAUGGGUGACUAAAUUAGAUAAACCAUCAGGGACAUUAGCAUUGAACUUAAAUUUUCAAUUGGAAGCAGUUGAUCUCUCUCAGACAACUGUCAAUGUCGAUGGAUUAGAUCACUAUGUCGGAUGUGCAAAUUUAAAGGCUAUGUACUUGGCGAAAUGUCGUUACGUUGACGAUUGGUUUCUAGCGAGACUGGCACAUGAAUUUCAAGACCAGUUAUUAUUUCUAGAUUUAAGCGAGUGUCCGUCAGUUGGUGUAACUGGAUUACUUGCACUAUGUCGACUUAAAUCAUUGAAAAAACUUCGUCUUUACAAUCUACCACCAUUUGAUGGCAAAGAAGUAGCAACAAUGAUCUUCGAAGAAAACGUUCCUGGAUGUUUAGUCGAAGGAAUCGAGUAUGAAACCGACCCGAUUGCUGGGCUUCUAGAAGCAGGUAGUCAUCAAGAACAAGAACAACAGCAACACAAUGUACAAUUCAUUGACACAGAAAAUAUUGAACAGAAGGCUGCUGUUGAAAAUACACGACAAUCGGUGCAAGCCAAUUAG